CUCCGGGGAUCCGGGACACCACCCUCGCGCAGUCUCGGGUCGCUGUAGCCCGGGGGCUUUUGCCAGCGGCGCCGGGGGCCUGUGUGCUGGGGCAGCGGGCGCUCCCUUGACCUCGUCCUCCUCAUCCUGUGCGGCCGGCCGGGUGAGGCCGGGCCCGCGUAGGGGGCAGGCGGCGGCUGCCUCCGGCGGAGGUGCCUCGCGGCUCCCGGGCGGGCCCGCGCCUCGGCGGCGUGCUCCAUGCAUCCGGAGCCCGCCCCGCCCCCGAGCCGCAGCAGCCCCGAGCUUCCCCCGAGCGGCGGCAGCACCACCAGCGGCAGCCGCCGGAGCCGCCGCCGCAGCGGGGACGGGGAGCCUCCGGGAGCCCCGCCGCCGCCGCCGCCGCCGCCGCCGCCGCCGCCGCCGCCGCCGCCGCCGCCGCCCGCCGUCACCUACCCGGACUGGAUCGGCCAGAGUUACUCCGAGGUGAUGAGUCUCAACGAGCACUCCAUGCAGGCGCUGUCCUGGCGCAAGCUCUAUUUGAGCCGCGCCAAGCUCAAAGCCUCCAGCCGGACCUCGGCUCUGCUCUCCGGCUUCGCCAUGGUGGCAAUGGUGGAGGUGCAGCUGGACGCUGACCACGACUACCCGCCAGGGCUGCUCAUCGCCUUCAGUGCCUGCACCACGGUGCUGGUGGCUGUGCACCUGUUUGCACUCAUGAUCAGCACCUGCAUCCUGCCCAACAUCGAGGCGGUGAGCAACGUGCACAACCUCAACUCGGUCAAGGAGUCCCCCCACGAGCGCAUGCACCGCCACAUCGAGCUGGCCUGGGCCUUCUCCACCGUCAUCGGCACGCUGCUUUUCCUGGCCGAGGUCGUGCUGCUCUGCUGGGUCAAGUUCUUGCCCCUCAAGAAGCAGCCAGGCCAGCCGAGGCCCACCAGCAAGCCCCCCGCCAGUGGUGCAGCCGCCAACGUCAGCACCAGCGGCAUCACCCCGGGCCAGGCAGCCGCCAUCGCCUCGACCACCAUCAUGGUGCCCUUCGGCCUGAUCUUUAUUGUCUUCGCCGUCCACUUCUACCGCUCACUGGUCAGCCAUAAGACGGACCGACAGUUCCAGGAGCUCAACGAGCUGGCGGAGUUUGCUCGCUUACAGGACCAGCUGGACCACAGAGGGGACCACCCCCUGACGCCCGGCAGCCACUAUGCCUAGGCCCAUGUGGUCUGGGCCCUUCCAAUUCUUUGGCCUUACGCCCUUCCCCAUGACCUUGUCCUGCCCCAGCCUCACGGACAGCCUGUGCAAGGGGCUGGGCUUCAGCAAGGGGCAGAGCGUGGAGGGAAGAGGCUUUUUGUAAGAGAAAUUUCUGCACUUUGAAACUGUCCUCUAAGAGAAUAAGCAUUUCCUGUUCUUCCAGCUCCAGGAAGAGCCGGAGGGGGCCAAAGUGGGGCCACACACUCGCUGUGUCCCCUCUCCUCCCCUGUGCCAGUGCCACCUGGGUGCCUCCUGUCCGUCUCAACCUCCCUUCCGUCCAGCGUUGAGUGUGUACAUGUGUGGGUGACACAUAAAUAUACUCAUAAGGACACCUCC